AUUGGGAUAUAUAUAUAUAUAUAUAUAUAUAUAUUAUGGAUCCUAAGAACUUUUUCACAACACCAUUUCUCGGUUGCAAUUGAACAAAAUACAGAAGAGGGUUUCAGAAAUAUAAUAGACGAACCGUUUCCAGGAUUACAUUUGAUAUGCUUAAUCCACAAUUUUGUGAAAAGACGGGCCGAUGAUCUCAAAAUCAAAACCACGCGACCAAAUAUAUUGCAUGAACAUGGCGUUGUUCUUCAUGAUCUUGGCCUGGAACCCAUGCUUCACAGAUUUAGGGAAGAAUACAUAGAGCCUACAUAACUCGAGUUUCCUACGGUGAAUCUGGUGGAUCAACGCUGGACUCUCACUAUGCUUUUGUUGUUGAUUAUGGACUCGCUAGGGAUGGAGAAGUUGACUUGCAUGUGGAUGACGCACAUAUAGGCUUGAAUAUUUGCUUGGGCUAUCAAUUUUCUGCGGACAACUGUUCUUCCGGGGUGUUCGAUGUGAUGAACAUUUAACUACUGGGUGUGAACUAGAGUUCGCGUCUUGGAAAGUGGAGGCGUUUCCAGAAUGAUUGUAGUGGCUGGUGUGGAGAAUGCAAACGUAAGAAGAAUGAAGAGGCCUCUAAGCAUGCAGAUGCUAAUCGUUCUUGUACUGCACAGUUGAUUUGGUGCAUUCCUCAUUGAGCUCUGUAUGUAGUGUUAUCAUCUUUAUCUGAAAGUAACUCUACAACUAGAAAAAGGCAUUUAAUAUGCCUGCCAUGAAAAAGUUCACUCUUUACACUUGCCAGCCUACUUGACAACUUGACUGAGUACUGACAAACUAUGGUUAGUUGGGUUUUAUGACUUUAUCAGUUCAAUAAUUCAAGACUUUUGCAGCCAACAUAAAUUCCGAGAUAAGCACACUUGUUCAAUUCAAAGUUAGGAUUUAAUCUCUGCUUUAUAUUUACGUCGUCAAUGACAAAAGAAUGCUAAUACUAGAUUGUGUUAACGAGGAAAAUUAUGAAUUCGUAUUACAUUUGGCAUUGUUGGAACUAUUUUGUGAUUUAUCUAAUGUGGACAAGUUGCUGGCCAUAAGCUGGUUCGCAAUAAAAGCAAG